CUCUACAAUGUUUCCAAUUACUGUGGCACUCUCGGUAUCCAGAUCCAUCUCCAGCGAAUUCCUCCGCAGCUCCUUGCCAGACAUAUGGGAUCAAUCAGUGCGCUUGUGAGGGAAUGUUGACAGCGUGACAGGCGAGGGGUUCUGGUGUCAUGGAAUCUCCAAGAGUCUUUAGCUGGAUCCCAGGGAAGGGGGGGGGGAGAGAUAGGAGAGAGAUAGGGAGAGGAGAGGAGAGAAGGAGAGGGAGAGGAAAGAGAGGACAGACGAAAAGGAGGGAAGUGACUCUGGCUUCACUGCCCCCUUCCUUCAAACGUUUUAUAGGCUUCGGGAGAGAGAGGGGAGGAGAGAAACGAAGUAGCCGAGAGCCAAAGGAGCAGAGCACUCCAGUCCCUCCAGAGUCCCGUCCGUCCCCCGAGCUGCCAGAGAAGUCUGGAUCCCGUCCCCAGUGUCACAUGCAAGGGCUCUGAGUCUCGCGGCCGCUAUCCCGGUCCCGUCUGCGCAGCUCCGGCCGCCAGGCUCUUCUCUGGCACUCUCAGGGACUGUCGCCUUGCACUCCCUGGGGCCGCUGCUUGGUCCCCAGCGCGAUGUGGUGGUGCCUGGCCUUCUGUUGCUCAUCUCUGACACUGGUGUCCGGCUGGACCAACUUCCAGCCCCUGGCUCCGUCGCGCAACUUCAGCUUCCGCCUGUUCCCCGAGGCCUCGCCUGGGGCUCCGGGCAGACUGACCCUGUCACCCGCGUCCGGCGAGGAGGAGGCGAUGGGGAGCAAAGUGGAGCGUCUGGGCCGCGCGUUCCGGAGCCGCGUGCGGCGCCUGCGGGAGCUCAGUGGCCGCCUGGAGCUCGUCUUCUUGGUGGACGAGUCGUCCAGCGUGGGCCAAACCAACUUCCUCAACGAGCUCAAGUUCGUGCGCAAGCUGCUGUCCGACUUUCCCGUGGUGUCCACGGCCACGCGCGUGGCCAUCGUCACCUUCUCGUCCAAAAACAACGUGGUGGCGCGCGUGGAUUACAUCUCCACCAGCCGGGCACACCAGCACAAGUGCGCGCUGCUCAGCCGCGAGAUCCCGGCCAUCACCUACCGCGGUGGUGGCACCUACACCAAGGGAGCCUUCCAACAAGCUGCGCAAAUCCUUCGUCACUCUAGAGAGAACGCCACCAAAGUCAUAUUUCUCAUCACCGAUGGCUAUUCCAACGGCGGAGACCCCAGACCCAUUGCAGCAUCCCUGCGGGACUUUGGAGUGGAGAUCUUCACGUUUGGGAUUUGGCAGGGAAAUAUCCGGGAACUGAACGACAUGGCUUCCGCCCCGAAGGACGAACACUGCUACCUGCUCCACAGUUUUGAAGAAUUUGAGGCUCUAGCUCGCAGGGCACUGCAUGAAGAUCUGCCUUCUGGGAGUUUUAUCCAAGAGGAUAUGGCCCACUGCUCAUAUCUCUGUGAAGCUGGAAAAGACUGCUGUGACCGAAUGGCCAGUUGCAAAUGUGGAACACACACGGGUCAAUUUGAAUGCGUCUGUGAGAAGGGCUAUUAUGGGAAAGGUCUGCAGUAUGAAUGCACAGCUUGCCCAUCAGGGACGUAUAAACCUGAAGCUUCUCCAGGAGGAAUCAGCACAUGCAUCCCGUGUCCUGAUGAAAACCACACCUCUCGACCCGGAAGCACAUCUCCUGAAGACUGUGUGUGCCGAGAGGGGUACCAGACAUCCGGUCAGACCUGUCAUGUUGUCCACUGCCCUGCCCUGAAGCCUCCUGAAAAUGGUUUUUUUAUACAAAACACUUGCAAAAACCACUUCAAUGCAGCCUGUGGGGUCCGAUGUCGUCCUGGCUUUGACCUCGUGGGAAGCAGCAUACAUUUGUGUCAACCCAACGGUUUGUGGUCCGGGACAGAGAGCUUCUGUAGAGUGAGGACAUGCCCCCAUCUCCGCCAGCCCAAACAUGGCCACAUCAGCUGCUCCACUGUGGAAAUGUCCUACAACACCCUGUGUUUGGUCACCUGUAAUGAAGGAUACAGAUUAGAAGGAAGUGCUAAGCUUACCUGUCAAGGAAACGCCCAGUGGGAUGGUGCAGAACCGCGGUGUGUGGAACGCCACUGCGCUACCUUCCAGAAGCCCAAGGGCGUCCUCAUAUCUCCACCUAGCUGCGGCAAGCAGCCAGCCAAGCCUGGGUUGAUCUGCCAGCUGAGCUGCCGCCCGGGAUACGUUUUGUCUGGGGCCAGAGAAGUGAGCUGUGCCACAUCUGGGAAGUGGAGUGCCAAGGUUCAGACCGCUGUGUGCAAAGAUGUGGAGGCUCCACAGAUCAGCUGUCCAAAAGACAUCGAGACUAAGACUGGGGAACAGCAAGACUCUGCCAACAUCACCUGGCAAAUCCCAACAGCUAAAGACAACUCUGGUGAAAAGGUGCCAGUCCAUGUCCACCCAGCCUUUACCCCGCCCUACCUCUUCCCAAUUGGAGAAGUGGCCAUCACCUAUACCGCAACCGACUCAUCUGGAAACCAAGCCAGCUGCACGUUCCACGUCAGGGUUAUUGACGUGGAACCACCUGUCAUAGAUUGGUGCCGAUCUCCACCUCCCAUCCAGGUCUUAGAGAAGGAGCACUCUGCCAGCUGGGAUGAGCCUCAGUUCUCAGACAACUCUGGGGCUGAACUGGUCAUCACCAGAAGUCACACCCAAGGAGACCUCUUUCCUCACGGGGAAACUAUCGUGUGGUAUACGGCCACUGACCCCUCGGGCAAUAAUAGAACCUGUGACAUCCACAUUGUCAUAAAAGGUUCUCCCUGUGAGGUUCCCUUCACCCCUAUAAACGGGGACUUUGUCUGUGCCCAGGACAGUGCUGGAGUCAACUGUACCCUGAGCUGCCGGGAGGGCUAUGAUUUCACAGAAGGGUCUAUGGAGAAGUAUUACUGCGCCUUUGAAGACGGUGUCUGGAGACCGCCGUAUUCUACUGAGUGGCCGGACUGUGCUAUAAAACGUUUUGCAAACCACGGGUUCAAGUCCUUUGAGAUGCUCUACAAAACAACUCGCUGUGACGACAUGGAUCUGCUUAAGAAGUUUUCGGCAGCGUUUGAAACCACCUUGGGGAAAAUGGUCCCAUCCUUUUGUAGCGAUGCUGGUGACAUUGACUGCAGACUGGAGGACCUGACCAAAAAAUACUGCAUCGAAUAUAAUUAUGACUAUGAAAAUGGCUUUGCAAUUGGACCAGGGGGCUGGGGUGCAGGUAACAGGCUGGAUUACUCUUACGAUCACUUCCUGGAUGUUGUACAAGAAACACCUCCAGGUGUGGGCAAAGCAAGAUCGGCGCGGAUUAAAAGAUCGGCCCCAUCAUCUGACCCCAAAAUUCAGCUAAUUUUUAACAUCACAGCUAGUGUGCCCCUGCCGGAGGAGAGAAACGAUACCCUGGAAUUGGCAAAUCAGCAGCGACUCAUCAAGACCUUGGAAACCAUCACCAACCGCCUGAAAAACACCCUGAAUAAGGAGCCCAUGUACUCUUUCCAGCUUGCCUCGGAGAUGGUGGUGGCUGACAGCAAUUCCCUGGAGACAGAGAAGGCCUUUCUCUUCUGCAGACCGGGCUCUGUGCUGAGGGGGCGCAUGUGUGUCAACUGCCCACUGGGAACCUAUUACUCUCUGGAGCACUCCACCUGUGAAAGCUGCCUGAUGGGAUCCUAUCAAGAUGAGGAAGGGCAGCUGGAGUGUAAACUGUGUCCCCCCAGGACUCACACGGAGUAUCUCCACUCGAGAAGCAUCUCUGAAUGCAAAGCUCAGUGUAAGCAAGGCACCUACUCCUCCAGUGGGCUCGAGACCUGUGAGUCGUGUCCACUGGGUACUUAUCAACCAGAAUUUGGAUCCCGGAGCUGCCUCGUAUGCCCAGAAACCACCACGACUGUAAAAAGAGGAGCUGUAGACAUCUCUGCUUGUGGAGUGCCCUGUCCAGUAGGAGAAUUCUCCCGCUCUGGGCUCACACCCUGCUAUCCAUGCCCUCGAGACUAUUACCAGCCCAACGCAGGGAAGUCCUUCUGCCUAGCUUGUCCCUUUUAUGGAACCACAACCAUCACCGGUGCCACGUCUAUCACGGAUUGCUCAAGUUUUAGCUCCACUUUCUCCGCAGCAGAAGAAAGCGUAGUGCCCCUUGCAGCUCCUGGAUACACCCAGAAGAAGUAUGAAGUCGGCAGCCAGGUCUUUCACGAAUGCUUCUUAAACCCUUGCCACAACAGUGGGACCUGCCAACAGCUUGGCCGUGGCUAUGUCUGUCUCUGUCCACUCGGAUAUACAGGCUUAAAGUGUGAAACAGAUAUUGAUGAAUGCAGCUCACUGCCUUGCCUCAACGGUGGAAUUUGUAGAGACCAAGUUGGGGGAUUCACUUGUGAGUGCCCAUCAGGUUAUGUAGGCCAGCUAUGUGAAGAAAACAUAAAUGAGUGUAGCUCCAGCCCUUGCUUGAAUAAAGGAACCUGCACGGAUGGCUUGGCCGGCUACCACUGUACCUGUGUGAGGGGGUAUGCUGGUGUGCACUGUGAGACGGACAUCAAUGAAUGCCAGUCGAGCCCCUGCCUAAAUAACGCAGUUUGUAAAGACCAAGUUGGCGGGUUCUUGUGCAAAUGCCCACCUGGAUUUCUGGGUACUCGGUGUGAAAAAAACGUGGACGAGUGUCUCAGCCAUCCGUGCCAAAACGGAGCCACGUGUAAGGAUGGAGCCAACAGUUACAGAUGCCAGUGCCCAGCAGGCUUCACGGGGCCACACUGCGAACUGAACAUCAAUGAAUGUCAGUCCAACCCAUGUAAGAACCAGGCCACCUGCGUGGAUGAGCUGAACGCAUACAGUUGUAAAUGUCGGCCGGGAUUUUCAGGCCACAGGUGUGAGACAGAACAGCCUUCAGGCUUUAACCUGGAUUUUGAAGUGUCUGGCAUCUAUGGGUAUGUCAUUCUGGAUGGAGUGCUUCCGUCUCUCCAUGCUAUCACCUGUGCCUUCUGGAUGAGAUCCUCUGACGUCAUCAACUAUGGGACGCCAAUCUCCUACGCUCUUGACGGCGACAAAGACAACACCUUCCUCCUGACCGAUUAUAAUGGCUGGGUCCUUUAUGUGAAUGGAAAAGAAAAGAUCACCAACUGCCCCUCCGUAAAUGACGGCUCUUGGCAUCAUAUUGCAAUCACAUGGACAAGCACUGGAGGAGUCUGGAGGGUCUAUAUCGAUGGGAAAUUAUCUGACAGUGGUACAGGCCUCUCCAUUGGCAAAGCCAUACCUGGUGGUGGUGCCUUAGUUCUUGGGCAAGAGCAAGACAAAAAAGGAGAGGGAUUCAACCCAGCUGAAUCUUUUGUGGGCUCCAUAAGCCAACUCAACCUCUGGGACUAUGUCCUGUCUCCACAGCAGGUGAAGUCGCUGGCCAGCUCCUGCCCAGAGGAACUCAGUCGGGGAAACGUGUUAGCCUGGCCUGAUUUCUUGUCAGGAAUCACAGGGAAGGUGAAAGUUGACUCCAGAAGCAUAUUCUGUUCUGAUUGCCCAUCUUUAGAAGGAACCAUACCACACCUGAGAACUGCGUCAGGAGAUCGAAAGCCGGGCUCCAAAGUCAGCCUGUUCUGUGAUCCCGGCUUCCAGAUAGUCGGGAAUCCUGUGCAGUACUGUCUGAACCAAGGGCAGUGGACACAACCACUCCCUCACUGUGAACGUAUUCACUGCGGGCUGCCUCCCGCCUUGGAGAACGGCUUCUAUUCAGCUGAGGACUUCCAUGCUGGCAGCACUGUGACCUAUCAGUGCAACAACGGCUACUAUUUGCUGGGCGACUCCAGAAUGUUCUGUACAGACAACGGGAGCUGGAAUGGCAUUUCACCAUCCUGUCUCGACGUUGACGAGUGUGCAAUCGGGUCAGACUGUAACGAACAUGCCUCCUGCUUGAACACCAAUGGAUCUUACAUCUGCUCGUGCGACCCACCAUACACGGGAGACGGUAAAAACUGUGCAGAACCUGUAAAAUGUAAGGCUCCAGAAAAUCCAGAAAAUGGCCACUCCUCAGGCGAGAUUUAUACGGUGGGUGCCGAAGUCACAUUUUCCUGUGAGGAAGGGUACCAGCUGCUGGGCGUGAGCAAAGUCACGUGUUUGGAGAGCGGCGAGUGGGAUCACGUCAGACCGUCCUGCGAAGCCAUUUCCUGUGGCGCUCCGCCUGCUCCUGAAAACGGUGGUGUUGUUGGGUCAGUGUUUACGUUAGGCAGUAAGGUGACGUACAGCGAAGACGAAAUGCCUUUUCUCAAUUCUACACUGAGUUUUCUUUUUCCUCCAUCCCAUAGUUUCACCCUUGCUGGUCCUGACACCAUCAUAUGCUUAGCCAAUGGCAAGUGGAAUUCAAGUAACCCCCAGUGCCUGGCUGUCUCCUGCGAUGAGCCCCCCACUGUGGACCACGCCUCUCCAGAGACUGCUCACCGGCUCUUCGGAGACACUGCUUUCUACUACUGCGCCGAUGGUUAUAGCCUGGCAGACAAUUCCCAGCUCAUCUGCAAUGCCCAGGGGAAGUGGGUUCCCCCCGAGGGCCAGGCUGUGCCCCGCUGUAUAGCCCACUUCUGUGAAAACCCCCCGUCUGUUUCCUACAGCAUCUUGGAAUCCGUGAGCAAAGCCAAAUUUGCAGCUGGCUCAGUAGUGAGCUUUAAGUGCCUGGAGGGUUUUGUGCUGAACACCUCAGCCAAGAUCGAAUGCCUGAGAGGCGGAGAGUGGCGCCCUUCUCCCUUGUCUAUCCAGUGCAUCCCGGUGCGCUGCGGAGAGCCUCCGAGCAUCGUGAAUGGAUACGCGAGCGGGGCGAACUACAGUUUUGGGGCCGUGGUGGCCUAUAGCUGCCACAAGGGGUUCUAUAUCAAAGGGGAAAAGAAGAGCACCUGUGAGGCCACCGGACAGUGGAGUAGACCCAUGCCCACCUGCCACCCUGUAUCCUGUAGUGAACCACCUAAGGUUGAGAACGGCUUUCUGGAGCAUGCCACGGGCAGGACCUUUGAGAGCGAAGCCAGGUUCCAGUGCAAUCCAGGCUAUAAGGCAGCUGGGAGUCCUGUGUUUGUCUGUCAAGCCAAUCGCCACUGGCACAGUGAGGCCCCUCUGUCCUGCACCCCUCUCAACUGUGGGAAACCCCCUCCCAUCCAGAAUGGCUUCAUGAAAGGAGAAAGCUUUGACUUGGGGUCCAAGGUUCAGUUCUUCUGUAAUGAGGGAUAUGAGCUUGUUGGGGAUAACUCUUGGACUUGCCAGAAAUCUGGCAAAUGGAGUAAGAAGCCAAACCCAAAAUGUGUCCCCACCAAGUGCCCGGAGCCUCCCCUCUUGGAAAACCAGCUCGUAUUAAAGGAAUUAACUUCCGAGGUGGGCGUGAUGACCAUUUCCUGUAAAGAGGGGCAUGCCUUGCAAGGCCCUUCCGUCCUGAAGUGCAUGCCAUCCGGGCAAUGGAAUGGUUCCUUUCCCGUGUGUAAGAUGGUCCUUUGCCCCUCGCCUCCCUUGAUUCCCUUCAGCCUCCCUGCUUCUGGCGUUCUUCACUUUGGAAGUGCUGUCAAGUACUCGUGUGUCGAUGGGUUUUUCUUAAGAGGUGAUCCAACCAUCCUCUGCCAGGCUGACGGCACCUGGAGUUCUCCGUUGCCCGAAUGUGUCCCGGUAGAAUGCCCCCAGCCUGAGGAGCUCCUCAACGGGAUCAUCCACGUGCAAGGGCUUGCCUAUCUCAGCACCACGUUCUACACCUGCAAACCAGGCUUCGAGUUAGUGGGCAAUGCCACCACCCUCUGUGGGGAAAACGGCCAGUGGCUUGGAGGAAAACCAGUGUGCAAACCCGUUGAAUGCCCGGAGCCCAAAGAGAUUUUAAAUGGCCAGUUCUCUUACAAAAGCUUCCAGUAUGGACAAACCAUCACAUACUUUUGUGACCGAGGCUUCCGGCUCGAAGGUCCCAAAGCCCUGACCUGCUUAGAGACAGGGGACUGGGAUAUGGAUGCCCCCUCUUGCCUUGCCAUCCACUGUAGUGACCCACAGCCCAUCGAAAAUGGUUUCGUAGAAGGUGCGGAUUACAGAUAUGGCGCCAUGAUUAUCUAUAGCUGCUUCCCUGGCUUUCAGGUGGCUGGUCACGCCAUGCAGACCUGUGAAGAGUCAGGAUGGUCCAGCUCCAGCCCGACGUGUGUACCCAUAGACUGUGGUCUCCCUCCUCACAUAGACUUUGGAGACUGUACGAAAGUCAAAGACGGCCAGGAAUAUUUCGAUCAAGAAGAUGACAUGAUGGAAGUCCCGUAUCUGACUCCCCGCCCUCAGCAGUUGAAAACAACAGCUAAAACCCCUGCUGCGCAUGCGUCCCACUUUCUAUACGGCACCAAGGUUUCCUACAGCUGCGACCCCGGCUAUGAGCUGCUGGGAAACCCCGUGCUGAUCUGCCAGGAAGAUGGAACGUGGAAUGGGAGUGCUCCCUCUUGCAUUUCGAUCGAGUGUGAUUUGCCCGUUGCUCCCGAAAACGGCUUUUUGCAUUUCACACAGACGACCAUGGGCAGCGCUGUGCAAUAUAGCUGCAAGCCGGGGCACGUUUUAGAAGGCUCCCACUUAAGGCUUUGUCUGCAGAAUAAGAAGUGGAGCGGUGCCGCACCGCGCUGUGAAGCUGUUUCGUGCAGCAAGCCAAACCCAGUCAGGAACGGACUCGUCAAAGGAAGCGACUACUCAUACCUGGCUGUGUUACGUUAUGAGUGUGACCCUGGAUAUGUGCUCAAUGGAACUGAGACCAGAAUAUGCCGGGAAAACAAAGCCUGGGAUGGGCACGAGCCCACGUGUGUUCCUGUGGAUUGUGGAUCACCCCCAGUCCCCAACAAUGGCCAAGUGAAGGGAGAGUUCACGUUCCAAAAGGAGGUCACGUACUCUUGCAGUGAAGGGUUCAUCCUUGAAGGAGCCAGGAGCCGUGUCUGUCUCACCAAUGGGAGUUGGAGUGGUUCCAUUCCCAGCUGCACGCCUGUCAGAUGUACUGCCCCACCGCAGGUGGCAAAUGGGGUGACCGAUGGCGUAGACUAUGGGUACAAGAAGGAAGUAGCAUUCCGCUGUCUAGAGGGCUAUGUGUUACACGGGGCUCCUAAACUUACCUGCCAGGCAGAUGGGACUUGGGAUGCAGAGGUUCCCGUCUGUAAACCAGCGACCUGUGGUCCUCCCGACGAUCUUCCCCAGGGCUUCCCUAAUGGCUUUUCCUUUUAUCACGGAGGUCACAUACAGUAACAGUGCUUUCCUGGUUUUAAGCUCCAUGGAAACCCAUCAAGAAGAUGCCUCGCCAAUGGUUCCUGGAGAGGCAGCUCACCUUCCUGCCUACCCUGCAGGUGUUCCACGCCCCUCAUUCAGCACGGAAAGGUCAAUGCAACCGAUGUGGCCUGUGGAAAGACAGUCCAGAUUGAGUGCUUCCGAGGCUUCAAGCUCCUUGGACUUUCUGAAGUCACCUGUGACACCAAUGGCCAGUGGUCUGGCUUGCCACUCUGUGAGCAUGCGGACUGCGGUUCUCUCCCGGACAUACCCAAUGCAGUCGUCAGCGAGAGUAGCCCUUUGGAGGACAACGUGGUGACCUACAGCUGCAGGUCUGGCUACAUCAUGCAAGGCAGUUCAAAUCUAAUCUGUACAGAGAAAGGGACAUGGAGCCAGCCUUACCCAGCCUGUGAGCCCCUGUCCUGUGGACCCCCACCGCCUGUUGCUAACGCAGUGGCAACAGGAGAGACAUACACCUAUGAAAGCAAAGUGAAACUCAGGUGUCUGGAAGGGUACGUGAUAGAUACUGAUACAGAUACGUUCACCUGCGAGCAAGACGGCCAUUGGGUCCCUGAAAGAAUCUCCUGCAGUCCUAGAAAAUGCCCCGUGCCAUCAAACACAACACGCAUGCGUGUUCACGGAGACGACUUCCGGGUGAAUAAACAAGUUUCUAUAUCCUGCGCAGAAGGGUUUACCACUGAAGGAGCGGACUCGUCAACGUGCCAGCCCAAUGGCACAUGGGAGCCACCGUUUUCUGAUGAAUCCUGUACUCCAGUUUCUUGUGGGCACCCUGAAAGUCCAGAGCAUGGCUUGGUGGUUGGCAGUCUAUACAGCUUUGGAAGCAUCGUCACUUACCAGUGUGAUUCUGGCUAUGAAUUAGAGGGGAACAGGGAACGAGUCUGCCAGGAGAACGGACAGUGGAGUGGGCAGGUGGCCCUGUGUACAGAGAACAGGUGUGAGGCUCCAGCUGAGUUUCUGAAUGGCAAGGCUGUCCUGGACAACACCACAUCUGGACCUAGCCUGCUGUUUUCCUGCCACAGAGGCUACACCCUGGAAGGGUCCCCUGAGGCCCAUUGCACUGAAAAUGGAACUUGGAGUCACCUGGUUCCCCUCUGCAAACCAAACCCGUGCCCUGUCCCUUUUGUGAUCCCCGAGAAUGCUCUGCUUUCUGAGAGAGAGUUUCACGUGGGCCAGAACGUGUCUGUCAAGUGCAGGGAAGGCUUCCUGCUCAGAGGCAACGGCAUCAUCACCUGCAACCCCGAUGAGACGUGGACACAGACCAACGCCAAGUGCGAAAAAAUUUCGUGUGGUCCUCCACCUCGUGUAGAAAAUGCCAUUGCUCGAGGUGUCCAUUACCAGUAUGGGGACAUGAUCACCUACUCCUGUUACAGUGGGUACAUGCUAGAAGGUUCCCUGAGGAGCGUCUGCCUAGAAAAUGGAACAUGGACACCGUCUCCUGUUUGCAGAGCUGUCUGUCGGUUCCCAUGCCAGAAUGGAGGUGUCUGCCAACGUCCAAAUGCUUGCUCCUGCCCGGACGGCUGGAUGGGGCGUCUCUGUGAAGAGCCAAUAUGCAUACUUCCCUGUCUGAACGGCGGGCGCUGUGUGGCUCCUUAUCAGUGUGACUGCCCGGCAGGCUGGACUGGGUCCCGCUGUCAUAUAGCUACUUGCCAGUCUCCCUGCUUAAAUGGCGGAAAAUGCGUAAGACCAAACCGGUGCCAUUGUCUCUCAGCCUGGACAGGACACGACUGCUCCAGGAGAAGGAGAAGUGGGUUUUAACACACGCCGCCCCCACCGCCUCUCCGGAAGCAGGGUCAUCUCCUCCUGGUAGCUCCUGGAACCCACAGCAAGGAAGGCCAACACGGUGCUUGGGCUUGUGUGUUUUCCAAGCCUGAGGUGGACUUUUUAAUUUUGCCAUCUAUUCUGUUACUCUUCGUGACGUCCUUUCUUACGUGUCUCCAUUGUCCCAAUACGCUUGCGUUUUCCAUAUGGAAGUCACAUUAAACAGAUGCUGCUCCACCCUCACCAGAUGUACAUACUCUGCCGCCUGCUGAGAAAGUCCCUGGAACACGUUUUUAUUCAACUACUUAAAGAUAGACUUUCCAUUAAAAUAUAUUUUGCUACUAAAUAAGA